AUGUCGUUGACCACGGGAUCGGCCACCCUCUUGUCUCCUCCCCCUCUUUCUGCGCCCCAUGCCCUUCGACCGAGGAAGCUACGGCGGAAGGCGUCGGUCCUGGACGGAACACAUGUUGUUGUCGCCGCCAAAUCGAUGGCCAGUCUGGAGCACUUGAGCUCGGAGCUCCUGAGCUUGAUAUGUGAGCAGCUGCGGGGGAUAGACCAGUCAUCACUGUGGAACGUGCGACGUGUGUGCCGUCGUUUCGAUAGCAUUGCGACACCAGUCUCGUACCGCGUGUUCGAGCUGCAUGACCGCGUCUUAUCAGCCUGUUGCUGUCCUCGAGUUAAGCAUCACGUGGAGCGAUAUACAAAACAUAUUAUUAUACCUGGGUCUCUCCACGCUCCAGGGGUAAGAGAAGUGCUGCGAUGGGUAGGCACACUCAAGUCCAUAACGUGGCGGUUUGAGGGCCAUGGUCUGCAGGACGACGCCGGCCAAUGGCUCCCCAGGGCUGUCCUCGACAUUGAGCGAAUGCGACAGGACGGCAUAGAGCUACGGAUCGAGGGGUUACCGCUUCGACAGUUUGAUUGCGAGGCAUACAGAAGAGCCAUACCGAGCGACCUUCUCACAUCCCUCACCAUUGCCAGCCCGACACCGCCAUUGACUGCGCGUCUCGACGCACUCAAACACCUCCUCGUACACGCACCCCAUCUCCGAGUUUUUGCGUACCAGGAUCGAGGGCAGGGGACACAGCUGGCGUUCGAGGCAGGGGAGCGCAUGCCCCCCUUGAGAGAGCUAUCGCUGCGGUCGUACGGGUGGAAUCACACGCCUGAGCAGGUCCGGAAACACUGGGACUUUUCACACCUACAGAGCUUGGAUCUUACAGCCGUGCCAUACCACAACUUUCUGCAGUCGCUCGACUUUACGGCUCUGGGGAGAUUACGCCACCUACACAUAGAGGACUGGAGCGCACACCUGCCGGACAAGAGGAGGGAAGCAACACGACUCUUGCAUGAUUUGGUCAACCAUCACCUCCGGGACUUGCGAUCCCUGAGGAUCACAUGUCACAUUGGGCUAUUUCCCGUGGAUGCGUUGCUACGGCACGGUCACUCCUUGGAGGAUCUACGGUUCAGGGACCACGUCGGUUUCACAGACGACAAACGCUCUUGUCCGACCAUGCGUGCCUCGGACUUGACCCGCGUCGCAGAGGGUCUUCCAUGCCUGCGGCGUCUGGAGAUAGACAUGGACAUCCAGGGACCUGAAUCACAGCGCUUUCUUGAUGCGCUCUGUCUGUGCCCGCGGCUGGAGGAGGUCACCCUCCAUGUCCAGACGCUCAUCACACCCUGUGGCGAGUCGAUACCAACACACGAUGUGGAUAGGAUCGCCAGCCAACGGAUAUUCAACCGUCUGCUCAGCCGCCAAAGACCCUGGAAGAGCAUCACCAUGAACGUGGGCGGCUGGCGCCGUGUCAUGGUGCGUCGUCUCGACCCGCUGUGGCGGGAGUACAACGACAUGGGCAUCUUUGCGGAGCGCUGCUUCGUCCUGAGUGCGAGAGAUGGGCGGUAUGAGGUACGAGAGGAGCGGUGCAUAGAGGCGGGAAGCAGCAGGGCGACGCCUGAUAUCGAGUAGGGUGAUGGGGCGCAUUAGAAGUGUCUAUUGUACGGGAAAGGGGAGCUUAAUCAGAGUCAUUCAGGUCCAUGGAUGGCAGAAGGUAGAUUUCAUAGGCCUCUAGAUGUCAUCUACAAAUAUCAGUUGACACACUCCGCACUGCUAUGAGCCCAAAUAGGUCACAAGAGCCUCCUUCAGCCCCGACGGGGUCGUUCAUGAAACGGGCAAUGAGGGCUGAAUUGAUGAGGUCACGGACAAGACAAAGCAGAACGGGCAUCAAGUUCACGAUAGGUGGUCCUUGCGAGGAUAUGAAAGAAAACGCUUUCCAAUUGUAUUUGUCUUAUAUGUGGCAAAUAUGUGAUCUUAACUACUUAAUGAUAUCCCCCUUUUUUUGUUGGUGGACCUUGAGUAUAUAUUGCAUGUGCCUUAUUUCAUUCGGCGACGCGUCUUUUCAU